GCUGAUUUUCUCAUUCUCUGUUAUCCUUAUAUAUAAAAAUUUAAAGAAAAUUUGGAUCAACGAUCUUUGAAAGAGAUUUUUGGGCUAAUUAUAUAAUACAUUUAAUUGAUUCGACUCUUUGAAUCCACCAUAUUUCAAUCAGUGAGGUCUUUGCAGGUUCUGAUAAAUUAUAUUCUUUCUCAAUGGAGUCGAUGAUUGCAAAGCGAGAACGACUGAACUGUAAUACUGGUCAAAGUAAGCAGAUAACCUUAAAUUCAUGGCCUGCAACAAAGAAAAGAAUUCCCAUGACAGUGCAUUGUGGAAAUAAAAGGGCCAAAUCUGAAAAAAAGGGCAAUGCGAAGCAAUUGUUAGCAAGGAAAAAGAAUCCGUCAAAUAGACAAAAGCUAAAUAAGGAUUUUGAAUUCUUAGAGGAUGAGAAAAUUCCCCAGGCUAAGAGACAUUGUAAUGGAAUAGCCAAGACAGCUACACUGGAUGAAGAAGAAUUGGAUGAAUGGGAGGAGGAAGCUAUUGUGUUUAUGAACAUGAAAGACCGGCGCAAAAGCCGAAAUUUUGAGAGUGUGAUGGUUGAAAGAAGGCCUAAGGAGAUUACAAGGAAGCUUUCUGAUCAUAUAGUUACUUCAUUGUCUGAUUCUUCAUCUUUCUCCUCAUCAUCAUCUUCAGGCUCUCCAGUUUCACAUUUGGAAAGUGACUUUAGCAGCACUGACAGAUGCAAAAAGAACAAAGUGAAGGACAAAAGAAAAUAUGUGAAGUGUCACCAGUGUAUGACUGAAGAAAGGACCAUUGUUCCAUGCAUGAAAUGUAAAGAGAAAGUGUAUUGCAUCAAUUGCAUCAGACAAUGGUAUCCCAAUAUACCAAAAGAAGAAAUAGCAAAGCAGUGCCCGUUUUGUUGUAGGAAUUGCAACUGCAGCAUCUGUUUGCACUCAAGUGGAUUAAUUAAGACAUCAAAGAGGGACAUCACAUAUCAGGAAAAGAUUAAGCAUCUAAAAUACUUGAUUGAGUCAAUGCUUCCCUUCCUGAAACAAAUAUGCAAAAUGCAAAAGCAGGAGAUAGAAAUUGAGGCAGAAAUUCAAGAGUUGCUGCCUUCUGCAGUUGACAUACCACAGACUCUUUGUUAUAGUGAUGAGCGUAUCUAUUGUAACCACUGUGCAACUUCCAUCUUUGACCUUCAUCGUAGCUGCCCAAAUUGUGCAUAUGAACUUUGUCUUCAUUGUUGUCAAGAAAUUCGGGAGGGAAGGCUUUCUAGCUGUGAUGAAGUUGCAUAUGAAUACAGGAACAGAGGUUACGAUUAUGUUCAUGCUGGCGACCCUUUACCAGGAUCUUAUCUAAAUGAAACAGCAAAGGAUCGAACUAAGCAAUCAAUUCAAUGGAAAGCCAAUAAUGAUGGAAGUGUUACUUGUCCCCCCAGGGAAAUGAAUGGUUGUGGUGAUUGCAGAUUGGAGCUAAAAUGCAUCUUUCCAGUUGGAUGGAUUUCGGAUUUGGCGGCAAAGGCUGGGGAAAUGUUGCGCGCCUGCAGAAUUAGACAAGGAAUAUUGAAGCAUAAAUGUGCUGUAACAGGCAGAGAUACAUUACAUCACAGGGUUUCUAGAGAAGGAACCAAUGACAAUUGCUUACAUUCCCCAACUUCAUAUGACAUUCAAAAGGAAGACCUUUCUCACUUUCAAAUGAAAUGGGCUAAAGGUGAACCAGUUAUUGUUCGCAAUGCUCUUGCAAAUUCAACUGGUUUAAGUUGGGAACCAAUGGUAAUGUGGCGAGCUUUAUGCGAAACAGAGGAUUUACAUACAAGUUUGGAGAUGUCUGAAGUUAGGGCUAUUGAUUGUCUAGCCUGCUGUGAGGUGGGGAUUAAUACUUACCAAUUUUUCAAAGGCUAUAUGGAAGGAAGAAGUUAUCAUAACUUCUGGCCAGAGAUGCUAAAGUUAAAGGAUUGGCCGCCGUCUAAUAACUUUGAGGAUCUUUUGCCUCGGCAUUAUGAUGAGUUUAUAAGGAUAUUGCCAUUUCAAGAAUACACUGAUCCUAGGUCCGGUAUCCUUAACCUUGCUGUCAAGUUGCCACCUGGUGUCCUGAAACCAGACUUGGGCCCAAAAACAUACAUUGCUUAUGGGAUUUCACAGGAGCUUGGAAGAGGGGACUCAGUCACCAAGCUUCACUAUGACCUGUCGGAUGCGGUAAAUAUUUUGACACAUACUGCAGAUGUAGCCUUAGGUGAGGAGCAGCUUGCUGCAAUAGAAAAAUUGAAAAUGAAACACAAGGCACAGGAUGCAAAGGAAAAGUUAGAGAGAGAUAGAGAAGACAAGCAUCCAAUUAAUGAAGGCAGAAAAGGAAUCACAGAUCAGAAUCAGUACUCGGAUAAUAACAUAGAUGACGUCGGAGCUAGAAAUUCAGGCCACUCAAAGAACACAGGUGGUGCGCUUUGGGACAUUUUCAGAAGGGAGGAUGUUCCUAAACUGGAAGCUUAUCUUAGAAAGCAUUCUAAAGAAUUCAGGCAUAUCUAUUGCUCCCCAGUUGAAAGGGUAAUCCAUCCAAUUCAUGACCAAUCGUUUUACCUCACCAUGGAGCACAAAAGGAAAUUGAAGGAAGAAUUUGGAGUUGAGCCAUGGACAUUCGAACAAAACCUUGGAGAGGCAGUUUUUAUUCCUGCUGGAUGUCCGCACCAAGUUAGGAAUCUGAAGUCAUGCACCAAAGUCGCUGUGGACUUUGUAUCUCCCCAGAGUAUCAAGGAAUGCCUCCGAUUAACUGAGGAGUUCCGCCAACUACCAAAGAACCAUAGAGCCAGAGAAGACAAACUCGAGAUCAACAAAAUGAUAAUUUAUGGAGUAGAACGGGCAAUUCGAGAGUUAUCAGAUCUAAUAUCAACCCCAAAUUGAGCCCCUCUUUGCAAGCUUCUCCAUAUGUAACCAUUGGAACCGGCGUUUCCUUUCUGUUGAUCCAGCAAUGAACAUAUAGCUUACUGUAAAUUCAUGCAUAACGGGUUAAGUUCUAUAUUGUGGCCCCUGAAAUUUUAACUUUUUGCACAUUCAGGGCCUCGAGGCAGCCUCUGUUAAUUUUUUUUGGCCAUUCUAAUCGAUAGAUAAGUUUUCCCAUUCUCAA